AGCAGCAGGACUCCAUGUCCCAGAGUGCACCGCGGCUCCUCCAGGUGGGAGUGUUCAGUCUGAUGGAGAACACAGACAGACGGUGAGUCUACCGGAGCAGCAUCAACCUGACCGGCAAGAGAAGCGAAGAGAAGCCGAGCGAGAGGCCCUGUUUGCGGGCGUUUCUCAGCCGGAGGGUCGGUGUUUCUGGUUCUCUGUGUCCGGUGUUUCUGGGUCUCUGUGCCCGGUGUUUCUGGCUCUCUGUGCCCGGUGUUUCUGGCUCUCUGUGCCCGGUGUUUCUGGCUCUCUGUCCCCGGUGCUCCGGUGUGUUUCUGGGAUGGAGGAGGCUGCGGGAUGCGGGCUCUGCGGGGUGAAGGUGAUGUGUCGCUUCAGACCUCUCAACGAGUCCGAGAGGAGCAGAGGAGACAAGGACAUCCCCAAAUUCAACGGAGAGGACACCGUGGUGGUCGCGGGGAAGCCGUAUGUGUUCGACCGAGUCCUCGCUCCGGACUCUGAGCAGGUCCAGGUCUACGACUCCUGCGCCAAGCAGAUCGUCAAAGACGUGUUGGGGGGGUACAACGGGACGAUCUUUGCCUACGGCCAGACGGCGUCAGGAAAGACUCACACCAUGGAGGGGAGUCUGCACAGCCCUCGUCUGAUGGGGAUCAUCCCCAGAAUCUCCCAGGAUAUCUUCGACCACAUCUACGCCAUGGACGAGAACCUGGAGUUCCACAUCAAGGUCUCUUAUUUUGAAAUCUAUCUGGAUAAAAUCAGAGACUUACUGGAUGUGUCGAAGACAAACCUGGCCGUUCACGAGGACAAGAACAGAGUUCCCUUUGUGAAGGGCUGCACGGAGCGUUUUGUUUCCAGUCCAAAUGAAGUGAUGGACGUCAUCGACGAGGGGAAAGCCAACCGGCACGUCGCCGUCACCAACAUGAACGAGCACAGCUCUCGCAGCCACAGCAUCUUCCAGAUCAACAUCAAGCAGGAGAACGUGGAGACGGAGCUUAAACUGUCGGGGAAACUCUACCUGGUGGACCUGGCCGGGAGCGAGAAGGUGAGUAAGACGGGGGCAGAAGGCGCCGUGUUGGACGAAGCCAAGAACAUCAACAAGUCUCUGUCGGCUCUCGGGAACGUGAUCGCUGCUCUGAGCGAAGGAACGAAAACCCAUGUCCCGUACAGAGACAGUAAGAUGACCCGGAUCCUGCAGGACUCUCUGGGGGGAAACUGCCGGACCACCAUCAUCAUCUGCUGCUCGCCUUCAGCCUACAACGAGGCCGAGACCAAGUCCACCCUCAUGUUCGGACAGAGAGCGAAGACCAUAAAGAACACGGUGUCUGUGAACCUGGAGUUGACGGCUGAGGAGUGGAAGAAGAA